AGGCAGAUGGCUCUCGGGUGUUUAAAGUGCCGCCCAGGACGCAGCAGGCCAGUCGGUGGUGUGCGGUCGGCGUCUCUUCUUCCACACUCUUGGAAAAUCCUCCUCUUGCUGGUGCUGCCGCUGCCGAAGUGUUCCAAGCACACGACGCCCCACGGACCAUGAGAAAAUUCAUCAUGGGCAGGUGGGCUUCAGCGUCCCUGCUGCUGCUGCUGGCGACUGCUCCCUACGGCGAGGCUCUAAAUGUGCGCAGGAGCGGGUCACUCUCCAACAAGCCAGGCGUCAGCGGGGGCGGAUCCAUAGGAAGUGGUGGAUCAUUGACGAACAAGCCAGGCGUCGGCGGCGGAUCUAUUGGAGGAGAUGGAUCGCUGACUAACAAGCCUGGCGUCGGCGGCGGAUCCAUUGGAGGAGAUGGAUCGCUGACUAACAAGCCUGGCGUCGGCGGCGGAUCCAUAGGAGGCGGUGGAUCACUGUCAAACAAGCCUGGUGUCGGUGUGUUUGCCUCAACGGACGGAAGAACGGGAGUCUGCAAAGUCUGUAGCAGUGGGCAGGUCGGGGGCAGCGGCGGGGGCUAUGGUGGAGGCGGAGGUGGAGGUGGAGGAGGUGGAGGCGGCAGUGGAGGAGGUUAUGGUGGCGGGGACUCACUUGAACACCAGGUAGGAGGGAGUGGAGGUGGUUAUGGUGGUGGAAGUGACUCACGGGAAGAGCAGGUGGAAGGGGGCUAUAGUGCUGGGGCUGUGGCGGGUGGAUGGCAGGCCGGAGGAAGUGGAGGUGGAUUUGGAGGAGGCGGCGUACAAGUUGGGGGAAGUGGAGGAGGUUUUGGUGGAGGAGACUCUGGGGAACACCAAGUGGGAGGGAGUGGAGGAGGAUACGGUGGAGGCUCAGGAGGUCAUGGAGGAGGAAGUGGAGGAGGAUUCGGAGGUGGAUCAGGCGGCCAUGGAGGAGGAAGUGGAGGAGGAUUCGGAGGUGGAUCAGGAGGUCAUGGAGGAGGAAGUGGAGGAGGAUUUGGAGGAGGCUUUGGAGGAGGAAGUGGUGGUGGUUUCGGAGGAGGUGGAGGUGGAGGAGGCGGAGGAGGCGGAGGUGGAGGAGGAGGUGGAGGAGGAGGAACCACUCUCUACCCUCCAAUCCCUUCCGUGACUCCUGUUUAUUAAGAAUUCCACUUCACGUCUUUCAUCGGACAUUAAAUUCUAAGAGCAGAGUCCAAAAACAUUAUAAAAAGUCUCCCAAAUAUUCCACGUAUAGAAAAUGUACAGUAGAAACCUCAGAUCAGUUUUAUAUAGCAUCAGUUUUGUUCUCUGGUCAGACCUUCCACUGCUCUCAUUCUUUGCUAUUAUGUUGAUGUAUCUCUCGAAGUAUUGAUUAACUGCACGUAGAAAGUAAACAGUUCCCAUGCA